CAUUUUGUAAGAAGAGCUUUUGAUUUGUUGAUUGUUUUUCUAAUUUACUACAAUUUACUUAUUUCUCUUUUCACUAAUUGACUGUUUCUCUCUCGUAACAAUCAACUAAUCUAUUAAUUAACCUCAUUUGAACGUUUUUCUUUUCAAUUUUAUUCUUCUUUUGUGAUUUGUUGUUAUUUUGUUUUCUCUUCCAUUCAAUGGAUGAUUCAACCUUAAGUGGUAAACAAUUUAUCAUGGAGGAUCAGGCAAUCAAUGAAGAAGAUAUUGAAGCAAUUGUCUCCUCCGCCAAAGGUAAAAUGUUGAUAAUUGACAAAACUGUGGCCGAUCUUAAAAGUCUUGGCAGUGAGUUCGGUAAACGUAAGGCCUUAUUGGAACCACUUUUGGAAGACAUUGAGCCCCAAUUGAAGCGCUUAGACGAGCUGAAGAAAAUGCGUAAUCUGUUGAUUAAACUACAAUUUCUAAAAGGAUUACACAUUAAAUUGGAGAAAUUAGAUAAACUAAAGACAACCAAACAAGCCGAAGUUGAGGCCAGAUUAUUACAAAGUCUAAAUGUUUACGAACAAUUAACCAAAGAGUGGAGAUCAUUGUCUAAGGUUAAAGAUGAUAAUCCAUAUAAAUUAUAUCUAAAAGAGAUGAUCCUUCAUUGGAAUAAACAAAUUCGAGUUAAAAUCGAGCCCAUUUUUCAAGCUAUUCUGAACACCAUCGGUUGGCCCAUAUUGAAGUCUAAUGUAUCCUCUUCCGUGGCCGAUCCCUUGCCCUCCACCGAUGGAUUAUCCCGAUUUAAACAAUACUUCAUCUCUCUUCUUGAAUUAGAUGUGAAACAUUUAUUCAAUGAUAAAGAUUUCACAAUUAAUCUAGAAAAUGAUAAUUUCUUCAACACUAUUCCAAUCUGUUUACCUCUUGAACUUAUGGUGAAACCACUUCGUAAGAGAUUCACUUAUCAUUUCAUGACCAAUGCUCGGACAAAUCAACUGAGUAAACCUGAAUGGUAUUUAACUCAAGUUAUGAACUGGAUUAAGGACCAUGAGGAUUUCCUAAAUGAACACGUUAAUUGCCUUCUCAAGGAUCGAGAUACUGAAUUUGCUUCAUUGAAGAUUCAAUUUACUUGUGCAUUACUUGAAUUAGCUGCUCAAAAAUUAGCUAAAGAUCUUCCUAAAUUGUCUUCCGAUGAUAAAUUGUUCUCUCAUGCUUUCGAUGAAGUUUUAUUAACACAACGAGAAUUGGAAGAUCUUAAUCAAGACUGGUUAGCACUUUUUCGAGAAAAUUGUAAUCUAUUAAGUCUAUUUGCCGUCGAACCUUAUUUCACUCGAUUAAGAAACAUAGAGAGACGUCGAUCAAUGGAAUAUAUCGAAACAAUUAUCUCUUCCGAAACAGCCUGGUCUCCGUUAGUGGCCUCUCUUGACGACGAUGAUGAAGAUGAAGAUGUUCUUAAAGUUCCAGAAAUAGGCGAUAAUUUUAUUCUCAUGUUACAAUCAAUCACUGAUCGUUUCUCUCAUUUAUCAAAGAUUAGUCACCAAUAUGCUUUUAUUGUACUCGAACUUGAAAUGUUAGCCGAUUUUCACCUUCGAUUAUCACAAAUUUACCGUUCAUUGGACAGCGAAGGAUUAAAUCAAUGGCCUUUCACUCAAAGAUUUUUCUCAAUAAUAAAUACUCUUAACUAUGUCCUCCUUUUGCUUGACAAUUGGAAAAAUCUUCCAGUUUUCCAGGAUAUGUCAGAAUUUUCCCUGAAAGAUUCAAUUUUUGACGAUUCUUUGUCUCUCUACAAUCAUAUGGUUAACGAAAUGAAAAAGCGAAUUGUUGACAGUCUGAUGAAAUUGGUGAUGGAAAAAAUUAAAGCCUAUUCUUCAUUAAGAUGGCAUUGUUUUACUCCGCUGGAUGAUGACACACAAUAUAUUUCCUAUCAAUUAUUUUAUCUAAUUUCUAAAUCAUUGGAAUUACUGGCGAGAAAACUUUCCCAGAAUAUAUUGGAAGAGUUAAUUGAAACAAUCGCCAACUCAAUUAAAACAGCCUUGAUGAAGGAAGUGAUUUACAAUAACAGUUUUAAUGGUGAAGGAGCUCAACAAUUACACCGAGAUGUUAAUAUUAACUUAUUUUCAGUGUUCAGAGUUUACACUCCUAAUCCUGAAAGUUUAAUUAUCGAAUUGGUUGAAGCUUGUCAAUUGUUGAAUUUAGCCAAAGGAAAUUCACUUCUCCUCCAGGAUACACUGAGAAAAGGAAAUGUUUCUGAUGAAACUCUGAAAGAUUUUAAUGUUCAUCACCUUUCACCGAGAGUUGCACAUAAAAUUAUAUCUAAACGACUUUAUACAUGAAUUAUUGGUCUCGAAUUAAUUACUUUUACUAAAUUAAAGGAGAAAUUAGAUGGAAAAUAAUCUUA